AAUGGUGUAUGACCAAAAUUAGCUUCUUUAAUCUUCUGGUUUAUUAUUCUUAACAGUGAGUGAUUCCAUUUUCAGUUUUUUUUUUCCAAUCACACUAAUGAGUAAUGACGAGAUUUUGACUAAGAAGUUGUAUAUAUCUCACGAUGGUAUAUUUUUAUUUUUUGGAUUCCUUUGUACGGAUUUCUUCUCCUCUAUUAUUUAUUCGAUUUUAGGAAUAUUAUUUUCUCUAUGAUAUUCGCAUAGGCCCUCCACCGGAUUUUCCAUAAAAUCUCUAUUUAUUAAUACUAUUGUUUUCAAAGAUAAAAGUUCAAUUUUUUCAACCCUAAAAGCACGGCACAUAAAAAUAUAUAAUUUUCACAUUAAUAGGAACCAAAGAUUUUGUUGGAUUUUCCUCGCUGGAGAUUUUUCAAAAUAAAAAUUGAAAAAACCAAAAAGACACACUCAUAAAAGAUUUAUUUUAGAGAACAAAAAAAUCAGAAAUAUAAAAAACUGUCUUAAGGAAGAGAAAGGAACAAAAGAAAACAGAUGUGAGCUCUUCUUCUUCGUCUUCUUCUCUCUAUUUUAUUCUCAUCCUCUCCUCACAGUUACUAUAAGCUCGUCUAUGGCCAGAGACGGUGGUGUUUCUUGUUUACGAAGGUCGGAGAUGAUGAGCGUCGGUGGUAUCGGAGGAAUUGAAUCUGCGCCGUUGGAUUUAGAUGAAGUUCAUGUCUUAGCCGUUGAUGACAGUCUCGUUGAUCGUAUUGUCAUCGAGAGAUUGCUUCGUAUUACUUCCUGCAAAGUUACGGCGGUAGAUAGUGGAUGGCGUGCUCUGGAAUUUCUAGGGUUAGAUAAUGAGAAAGCUUCUGCUGAAUUCGAUAGAUUGAAAGUUGAUUUGAUCAUCACUGAUUACUGUAUGCCUGGAAUGACUGGUUAUGAGCUUCUCAAGAAGAUUAAGGAAUCGUCCAAUUUCAGAGAAGUUCCGGUUGUAAUCAUGUCGUCGGAGAAUGUAUUGACCAGAAUCGACAGAUGCCUUGAGGAAGGUGCUCAAGAUUUCUUAUUGAAACCGGUGAAACUCGCCGACGUGAAACGUCUGAGAAGUCAUUUAACUAAAGACGUUAAACUUUCCAACGGAAACAAACGGAAGCUUCCGGAAGAUUCUAGUUCCGUUAACUCUUCGCUUCCUCCACCGUCACCUCCGUUGACUAUCUCGCCUGAAUCGUCGCCGCCGUUGACUGUUUCGACUGAAUCGUCGGAUUCGUCUCCGCCGUUAUCUCCGGUGGAGAUCUUUUCCACCUCGCCACUUUCAUCUCCGAUAGACGAUGAAGAUGAUGACGUGUUGACGUCGUCGUCGGAGGAAUCGCCGAUUCGACGGCAGAAGAUGAGGAGUCCCGGAUUAGAUUAGUGGAACUAUUCUGGGAUGCCGUGUAAUAUUAUCUAUCUCCGUUAACUUCGUUUUUACCUCUGACGGUGUUUUUAAUUGCACGUUGACUUGACGCCGUCAAAUUUUAUAGAUGUCCCUUUAAUCUCUCGCGCCUCCACGUGGGCCUUUUUUCCUUUUCCUUAAAGCUUUUCGAAUAUCUUUUAAUUAUUUUAAUUUCUGCACAAAGUUACGUUUUUAACUUUUUUAGUCUUUAAACAAAGGGAAAAUUGCAAUCGAACCUUCGACAUUCACCAUUUAUUAUGAUAACGAGACUUGAAUAUGCGUUUUUUUCUUAUGUAUUGGGUCCUAAAUAAGUCAAUAUCAUAGACAUAUGGGGUUUUAUAAUCAGAAAGUUAGCUAGAUCUGACAAUUCAAGAAUCAGAGAGCUAAGGUUUUUUUUUCCAGAUACAAAUCAACUAGUAACAUUUGAAUCCACUAUAGUCAUUAAACAGUUCCAUAAAUAUAUAUCAGUUUUAUGACCCAAAAUACUCCUAUUAAUGACUAUAAGCCGAUGCUCUAAUUUUUUUGGCUAAAUUAUAAAUAUUUCAUAGAUAAUGAAAACAAUUUAGGUUACAAACAUAAAAUUUGAAACUUAUACAUAUGAAUUUAUAGUAAAAA